CUGUGCCUUUAACAUUUGAGCCGAUUGCUGAGGGGCAAAUAUCUCUCUGCCGGAGCGAUUCUCCUCCCCUCUAUGGAUUAUUCAACAAGUUGAGUUCGUGGCCAUCCGCAGCAACCGCGACUAGCAGGGACGAAUUCAUCUCCAGAGAUGGGCUAUGUCGUGUUCUCUGCCGGAGAGCGUAAUAUUGAUAAAGUAGUUUCUGAGGGGCGCUGGGAAAUGCCGUGACAGACACAUAAAAGAUAUUGUCCUCAGAUGAAGUAGCGUUUCUUGUGCGUCGUCGGGGAGAAUACAGCAGCACUUUGGUGAAUUUACUUAUCUUACACUGUAUGGCGCAACUGAGAAUAUGGGUAGUUUGAGGUACGCAAAACGGAACGCACAGUAUUGCAAUCAUUUGGGUUGAGUGUCGCAAUUGGAAGGCACCUUAACGGAUAAUAGUUUACUAAAGUGUCCCUCCUUAUAAUGUGGUUUUUACCAUGAUUGUAUUUGUUGGACAUCGUCUCAGUGCUAACUUUCUCGGAGGUAAGAGGUCCUCCGACUCCUUGCUUUCAAACCCAUUAAUUUGUAAUAAAUGUAUUCGUCAUGGGAAUUACUUUUAAAUAAUUUGGGUAAUGAAGACUGUGACCUGUCGAACUCAGGCGAGGCAUUUAAAUUGCCCCGUGAUAUGAUAGUACGUUUGAAGUCAGGGGCAUGAACAGGAGAUAAUCUCGGAGCAGUCAUCAUUACUGACAGAUCAACACAGGCUCGAAACCACCUCACCUUUUCAUGUUGAACUCAUAAACUGUUCAAAGGAGACGCGGAGCAGCACUAACCAUGGUGGUUGAGCGGACACUUCAUGCCGCCAGGCAGGGAGAUGUGCAAACUCUAAAAGUGCAAUUGGCUGAAAAAGUACUCACUAGCGAUGUGAAGGACAUGCUUGGAGCGUCACCUGUCCACCAUGCAGCCCGGGCGGGGAGGCUGACAUGCCUACGUUUCUUGGUGGAUGAAGCAGGCCUACCAGGGGACAGUUUAGCAAACAAUGGCGCUAGUCCGGCACACGACGCUGCUGCCACGGGUAACCUGGCCUGUUUGCAGUGGCUACUGACUCAAGGAGGCUGCCGCGCCACGGACAAAGACAGCUCAGGUGCCACAGUUCUCCACCUCGCCUCUCGCUUCAGCCACCACGAGAUCACGGACUGGCUGCUGAAGAGUGGCGAGGGCAACCCCAGCGUGUCCACGGAGUCGGGGGCACUUCCUGUGCACUACGCUGCUGCCAAGGGUGACCUCCCUUCCCUACGACUGCUACUGGGCCACAGCCCAAACGUUGUCAAUUUCCAAACCAAGAUUGGUGCCACACCCCUUUACCUGGCCUGCCAGGAGGGUCACAUGGAGGUGGUCCAGUACCUGGUGAAGGACUGCGGGGCGGACCCCAGCAUACGAGCCAAUGACGGGAUGACUCCUCUGCAUGCCGCCGCCCAGAUGGGACACAACACUGUCAUUGUUUGGCUGAUGAGCUUCUCAGAGAUCAGCCUGGCAGACAGGGAUAACGACGGUGCCACCGGCAUGCACUUUGCGGCCAGCCGCGGCCAUGCCAAGGUGCUCAGCUGGCUGCUGCUGCACGGGGGCGAGAUUGUGAUGGACAGCUGGGGGGGCACGCCCCUGCACGACGCGGCGGAGAAUGGGGAGCUGGAGUGCUGUCAGAUCCUGGUGGUUAAUGGAGUGGACCUUGGCGUCCGUGACCAGGAUGGCUUCACUGCUGCAGACCUGGCUGAGUACAACGGACAUCCCCAGUGUGCCAAGUACCUGCGCACCGUGGAGAACAUGAGCGUGGAGCACCGCGUGCUGUCCAGGGACCCUUCCGCCGACCUGGAGUAUAAGCAGCAUCCGGACUCUGGCCUGUCCUCCCCCAAUGCCACCAUCUCUGCCUCGAUCCCGGCGGCCCACUUCGACCUGGGCUCCCCCUCCAGCUCGCUGUCCAACUAUGACUCGGCCAACUCCAGUCAAUCCAGCACCGGGGAGAAGAGGAGCUCCUCGCCCCCCGUACGGCCCAACGCAGGUCCAUCUGAGUCGGCCAUCACAGACAUGCAGACCUACAUGGACAUGCUGGACCCCGGCACCUCGGGCACACAGAAGGACGGUGGAAGAGUGAGUGAGCCGCUUCCUCCGCCGCCAGCCUUUCCGCCUCCCCCACCCCCUCCUCCGUGUGCGCGGCCUCCGCCACCCCCUACUUACCCAGCCCCCGCACACCCGGAGGAGCCCUCCGCUGAGAUGUACCUGAAGGUGAAGAGCAACCUCCGCCACGUGGAGAGUGACGGCUCCAAGAAACAGCUGGAAGCAGGCGAAAACCCGGACCGGUUGAGGAGGGUUGACUCCAACAGGAAGUCCAGGAGCUUCAACAAGCAGCCCAGCACUGGGGACUACUACAAGGCUCUGGGCAGUGACACGGCAGAACCCCGCGGAACCAGGAGCAUGGCCCCUAACGAGGAGGGUUCCGUGCUGUUGGAGGAGCCGACAGAGAACAGCCCAAGCCCAGAGAACGGUUCUGCGGAGGAACUUCCCCUGCCUCCCCCUCCUCCCCCCCUACCUCCUAGCAACCCGACCCCUCCUCCACCACCCCCACCACCCCUGCCCUCCGAGACGGCCAUGCCACCUCAGUACUCCGCAUCAGGCUCCACCUCAACCCAGCGCCGUUCCUCCUCCUCCUCUGGAAGAGGGGACGUGUCCUCUGCUCACCUGUCUCCCCAUACCCAGUCCACCACAGCUGCUCCGGAGUCCCUCAGACAGAUGAAGAGUUCGAAAUCCUUCAACAUGAUGUCCCCCACUGGUGACAAUUCAGAGCUGCUGGCUGAAAUUAAAGCAGGGAAGAACCUGAAGCCAACGCCCCAGACCAAAGGAUACACCACCGUCUUCUCCAACAGUGGCCCGACUGGCCCAAAUGCGAAGCAGUAUGUUAACCAGAGGCGAUUGUCUGAGAGGCCCGACAGUCCGACAUCGCCACCUCAGACCCGCGCCACCCAAUCAGCAAAGCCUUCAUCCCCCUCCCCGCCCCCCUCCGGUUCCUCCACUCCGAGCCCCAGCCCCAGCCCCAGCAUCGCCUCCUCCAGCUCGUCCGCCACGCCCAAGGGCAUGACGUCCUCCUCCAGCUACGACCAGCUGCCUCCCACGGUGAACGGCACAGCGGGCUCGGGGCAGCAACGCAAGACCAGCCUGGUGGACGUGGAGGCGCUGGUGCCCACCCAUGACGAGCAGGGCCGCGCCAUCCCCGAGUGGAAGAGGCAGGUGAUGGUGCGCAAGCUGCAGGUGAAGAUGCAGGAGGAGGAAGAGCACAAGCGCAAGGUAGAUGAGGAGACUGCUCGGCUAGCCAACAUGCCGGCCUGGAGGAGAGACAUCAUGAAGAAGAAGCUAGAGGAAGAGAAGGUGGACAGAGAACUGAAGAGAAAAGACGAUGAACGAGAGAAGAAGGUGAAGGAAUCUGAGGAGAAGCAAGAACUGGAGAGACUGCGAACCUUAGGAUAUGAUGAGACCAAACUGGCACCAUGGCAACGGCAGAUCAUUCUGAAGAAAGGAGACAUUGUAAAACAGUAGAACCUCUUCAUCUACCAUCUCCUUCCCACUUUUCUCUCCAAAUCCCCAUGGCCCUUUUCAGUCACUACCACCCAUCCCAGAUCACAAUUCUCAUCCGUUAACUGCUGGACCAGAACAAACCAGAUUGGGUCACAACCAGGCUUGCUCGUAGCAUGAGCCAGUGCCCACAGUGGCAUUGUUCUUGUGCUCAGAGGCUCAUCAUAGGAUAAACCAGUACUCUUUGACCACGCAGGACUGCUGCACUUGCAUAGCUUUUAGAGGGUCCACAUGGAAUAACACAUGGUAAACCAGUAGCUCCUGAGAGCUUGAUGGGGAUCAGUGUAGGCCCUUGUCACAUAGGCCUUUAGCCACAUAUGUUUCAUGUGUAAUUUAGGUUCACGCCACGUCACACUCAGACUGGUUCAUCUACAUGCUUUGAUUCCUGUUAUUGUGCAGCUAAUGGACAGUUCUUAACACAUAUCAUUUUACCUUACACUUUAUACAAUUCAGCAAAUGUACAGAACUACCCUGACUUCUGAAUUCUAACUUCAUCUGUCCAAUGCUUAUUUCAUGGUAAACAUGUAUACAUUUAACAUAAAUAAUGUGUCUCCUCAAGUAAUACAUGUAAUCAACCCUACAGAACAAUGUGUAGCACUGCUACAAUGAGUAAAAAUGUUGAUAAAUUCUUGAGAGGUUAAAAAAGAUGUGAUAAUUUGAGAAUGUACAAGUGUUUGAUCACGAGUUUCAAUAUAUUUAACAAAACAUAAGAAAAUAGUUAUUGAAGAUAUAUGCAAGCACAUCUUUUUUUUAUCUCAAAGUUAAGCUUCUGGCCUAAGCCAGAAAACACUGCCAAAAUGGAUAGAGCUCUAAACCGAAGCUUUAUCCAAACUAAGACACACCUGGAAGAUUCAUCUACACAUGUGAGAUGAGUUUGGCCUGGUCAGAUUUCAGCCCAGCUCUUCCCCUGCACAUUGCACCCUGUUUUUUGAAAGACCCAUGUUGUAGUGAAAGGUGUUAGGUUAUGGCUGAAAAGUCCUUAAAAACAAAAGUGACACACGUAUGGGGAUACUCAUCAAACGUUUCCCAGAUUUAACAUCAGGCAAGCCACAGGCAAGCGUUCUGAGUUUUUAUACAAAAGAUGGUGGCUCUUUUGUCCUAUGUUUAUUUUUAAAUCCAUGCCUUGGUUUCCUUAUUCUCAGACAAUAAUGGGACCAAAUCAAUGGUAAUAUCUCUAGGUCAUCACCAUCAGAUCUCUGUAAUAUGGCUUUCAUAACACACCGACUAUUUUUUGAAUGGACAUUAGAUUGUGCACUGUCAUUAGAUCCUGUUGAGCACAGUAGACCUCAGAAAAGUGCCGGAUGUGUCUUUUUGAAUGUGUGUAUAUAUGGUCUCUUUCCUUUGUCAUAAAAUGUGCUAUAGAUAAACUUGUCAUAUUUUCAGUGUACAUUUUUUGAUUGUAAAAACACCUAAAUUAUAUAUGAUAUAUAAAUAUAAUAGUGAUGCAUGGUCCUCGUUGAAUUAUCACUUGGGAACGUUCAAUUAACUUCAUUGGAUGCCAUACUGAUGUUGAAAAUUCAGAAGAUGUAAACGUCAUUGCCAUUAGAAGAUUUUUCUAUGUGUUACUGCUGUACAUAGUGAGACCUGAACUUCCACAGUCCUUUACUGUAACUGUGUAUCAACAUUGCAUCGGGUUCCUAUUCUCAGCCUUGCUUGCGUAGGUUAUCUGUUUAUUAACAUAAAACGUCAUCUACAGACUGUCAAAAGUAAUUCAAAUAAAAAAAUUAAAUCAAA